AUGGUUGUCGGAAAAUGUCGUCUUCUAGAAACCCUAACAUUACUUGCUGUUGCAUUUCUAGUCACCUGGAAGCUCCUAUGGAUUGAACUUGUAGAGUUCGAUUUCGAUGAUGUAUACGCCUCCACCCAUCGCGUGUUCUGUCGAUCGUUGCCUCCAAACGAGGUCUCCCCUGCUGCCGCCUUCUCUCCUGUGAAGCCACCGGCCGGAGACCGUCGCACCCCCACAGCAACACCGGAGACCGUCGACCCCACAGCUAGUUUGUUUUAUAAACACAAUUUCAAUUUAGGGCAACAAGUGAACACAUAA